AUGUCUGAUCCUUUUUCACUCAAUGGUGGUGCUGCUAUUGCCAUGAUUGGUAAAGAUUGUAUUGCAAUUGCUUCAGAUUUAAGAUUAGGUCAACAAUCUUUAGGUGUUUCCAAUAAUUUUGAUAAAAUUGUUGAAAUUAAUUCCAAAAAUUUUUUAGCAUUAACUGGUUUAGCUACAGAUGUUUUAACAUUAAAAGAAUUAAUUAAAUUCAAAACUAAUUUAUAUAAAUUAAGAGAAGAAAGAGAUAUUGAACCUUCUACAUUAGCUAAUUUAAUUUCAUCAUCUUUAUAUGAAAAAAGAUUUGGUCCAUGGUUUAUAUCACCAAUUGUUGGUGGUUUAUCAAAAAAAGAUAAUAAACCAUUUAUAUGUGGAUUUGAUUCAAUUGGUUGUAUUGAUUAUAGUAAUGAUUUUAUUGUUUCUGGUACUGCGACUGAUCAAUUAUAUGGUAUGUGUGAAUCAUUAUAUGAACCAAAUUUAAAUCCUGAAGAUUUAUUUGAAACUAUAAGUCAAGCUUUAUUAAAUGCUGUCGAUAGAGAUGCUUUAAGUGGUUGGGGUGCUGUUGUAUAUAUAAUUACCAAAGAUAAAAUUGUGAAAAGGGUGUUGAAAACGAGACAGGAUUAG